AUGACGCUCCUCCCGAUGGAAAAUGGUGAAAGUAUUCUUUGUGCCCUUAAAUGUUUUGAACAGGAUAAACCGUCAGUUAUUCCUCCAAUACUUGAAGAGUACAUAAAACAAAUAUCGAAAAAUGGACAAACAAGGAUACCAUGGAUUUAUGUCAAACCCUUACUUCUGCACAAGUACAAUAAAGUGGUCGACUCGUUCAUUUCUGAAGGAAGUGGAAUGGAUUAUUCACCAGUAAUCACUCCACCUCAUCUAUCUGAACUUAGACAACGCGUAUUCAGUACUCUGAAAAAACUUGAUGGCAUACCUUUUACUAUUCAAAGGAUAUGUGAGCUUUUCGACAGUCCUACUCGACAUUAUAAAAGGGUUGAUAAAUUUCUUCGUGGAUUAGAAAAGGUUUGCAUGGUGGUAUCUACGGUCGAUCCUCACGGAAAUAAAAUUCAUCAAGAAGACCCUCGGUUCCCGAGUCGGGCUGGUUUAGAUGAGUGUGGACUAUUGAUGGAUGGUCCUACUAUCUCACCACCCAACUCUCCAUCGACUGAAAAUAUUCGGAUGCACAAUGCUUCUAAAUCUUCGGAUGAAGAGGGCACUGAAGAAGAGGAUGAUGAUGAGGGUGAGGAUAAUAGCAGUGAUGCAAGUGAUGGACGACAGUCGCCAAAAACUGAUCACAACCUAAAGUCAACUUCACUAAUGAAUAACUCUUGUGCAAGUUCUUGGUUAUUCAAAGCACAAAAUGCUCUGAAUCUUCCAAACACCCCACCGAUGCCAUUCCGUAAUGCAUCCGCUCCCAAGGCAAGGCUGACGGACCAGUCGUUAACAAAUACUCCCUUACUAACUGGAUUGUGUGGUAGUCUCAUGUCCGUGUACUCGAAUAACGACGAUGACGACGAUGAUGAUGAUGAUUGCGAACAAUCGAUUCGUUCGUCAGAAAACAAACCUACCAGUUCUGAUUCACAAGUCAUCGCCCCUCACUUAUCAUCCGCUGCAUCAAACCUAUGUUCAGAGUCAUCUGAAUCUUUAGAUACUUUACCUACAGAAUCCAAUCGCGAAGAGAUAUCAUCUUCAGAUUCAACACAUGGAUGUGUAGCUGUUGAAAACCAAAUUCAAGAUAGCUCAUCUUCAUGGUGUGAAGGAAGUAGAGUGCCGGAUCUCAAUGUUUGUACUUCAGAAGACUUAAAUUCUCAGUAUAAUAGUAAGCUAGGUGAGGUGUGCCCCAGUGAUCUAGUAAUUUCAGAUGCUCAAAGCGAUUUACCUAUUAAGGGAUUAUUGCUGGAAACAUCGAGCAUUGAAAAUAAUUCACCUGCUAGUCAAAUUUUGAGGCCUAUCGGUCAACUGGAAGCGUUUGUGCAAAAUUUAAAUUCUGAAGUUUCCAGCUCGGUAACUUCGUCUCCUCACAGUGGCUCUCCAAAAUGUGCGAUUGAUCCAUGUGUUCAGUUGAAUUCUCCUGCACCUGGGGAUGAAACACAUCAACAAGAGUCAAACGUUUCUUCAUCAUCUGACACAAUUUCGCCUGUUGUGACUGGUGUUAGGCGUCCACGUUCACCAGAAUCGGACUUUAAUAAUGGCACAGAUGUUGCAGCAGACAGAGAUGCUGACUUGACUGAAAGUCCCGCUAAAAGACGUAGACUUCCGUCUUCAGAUUUAACAGAGACUAUAGAGCCCAUCACCGAUGCAUUGGUGGAAACUAGUCCUCAGAUUCUGACUCCGUCACCUUCAGCUUUAAACGAUUCUCCUCCUAUAAUUAUGUGUAAUCCUAUCAAUCAAACUCGUGAUAUGGAUUCUGGUGAAUGUGUUUUUGAAACUGAAGAAAAUCUUGUUUCUGAUCAGCCAGUUGUGGAUUCAAUCCCAGCUACUGACAGUACUGAUUUAUUGACAGUAGUAGACAUCAGUAAUCAACAAAAUCCUGAAGUAGGCUUGGAAUCUGUUGAAAUCAGUCAGACUGUUCCUUUGGUUAAUGAAGAUAAUGAAUCAUCAGUUAUCAACUCCUCGAAUAUUAAUUCGGAAACAGGCGAAGAAGAAUCAUAA